CAUUGAAUCAUCUGAACAAGGCUGAGAGCACAUUGAACUAUCCAUUGUGGCUGAGAGCCCUCACAGCCCAAGCACAACGAAACAAUUAUCAGGGCUGUCCCUCUUCCCCUCACUCUCCUUUCCCUAAUGUUCACAAAGAGUCAUCCAAGCCUUUCUGACUCGGCCUGGCCCUUUAGCCCUUGAAUUCUAAGCUGUUCAAGCCGCCAAUCUCACCGCUAGCUCGAUCAAACCAGUCUGCAAUGCUUCAAGGAUUUGAUUGAAGUCGCAUACAUCCAAGACCAAUUUCAUUGGAAGAUAAUCCUUUGUCAGGAAAAAAGAGCAAUUGAUCCUGCUCCUCAGAUAGUUUGGAGAAUUCAGGGUCCCGAAGCAUAUCACAGAAUUUCCUUUGAAGCCAAUCAGCGGACGAUAUAGUAUACUGAUCAAGCACUGACCUCUUUUGUCUUGGAAUGGAUGUAUGCCAAUUACCUGGUUAGCUGAAAAAGGUUCACGCUUUUCAAUCUUUGCCUCAGUUUUUAGUUUCUGGGAAUUGCGUUGUCUGCUCUUGGGCAGAUGCAUCGCUGUUGGCAUAGCAUGCUGGGGAAUAUAGUCAGUCAGGGUCUUCCAUAGCCUCCACCUUGACCCACAUGCAUUGCACAAAACUGGCUUCUCAGGCGGUCCAUUCCUCCACAGCGGUGUUUCUGUUCAAUUCAUUUGAAUUCCAUACGUGAAACCCUAGUAUCCCAGUAGCAAUCUACUUCAAAGAAUCCUUAAGGAGCCUGGAUGGAGACAGGAAACUUGGGCAUGACUCAAGCUGCAGUAUCUGAUGGAACUGGAGAAUGGAAUUAUCCGAUCAAAGCCCCUGGCUGUGUUUAUGGCCUUCGGCACCAAAGGGGAUGUUUAUCCCCUAGCUGCUAUUGCUGCAGCUUUUGCUUCUGAUCAGAAGCAGUAUAAUGUAAUUCUAAUUACUCAUUCCGAACACAAGAAUCUAUGUGCUCAUUUGGAUGCAGAAAAAGUGAAAUACAUUUCUGUUUCAUCGCCUCCUGUUGUUUCUCCUUAUGAAGAUACUUACCAAGGAACUGUGAAACCAUUAUUUUCUGAAGAGAAGAGGAUAAUAACGAAUGAACACAGGCGACAAAUCAUAGCUUCUAUAGAAAUGAUAUUUGGAGAUGGCCCAAGCUUGGAGGGUGAUUUCUUGAUGAUAAAUUUGUUUGCACUGGAAGGUUGGAGCAUUGCUGAAGUUUAUCGCAUACCUUGCAUCAUUUCUUCUCCAUAUGUUAUUCCUUAUAGUGCCCCUUCUUCAUUUGAGCAACGGUUCAGGAAAGAACUUCCUCUUCUAUAUCAGUUUCUUCAAGAGGCUCCAAGUAACAAGGUAGGAUGGAAAGAUGUCAUCCAUUGGAUGUGGCCUCUCUUUACUGAACAUUGGGGCUUAUGGAGAAGCACUGAGCUGAAUCUGAGUCCUUGGCCGUUCACGGACCCAGUUACAGGCCUCCCAACAUGGCAUGACAGAUAUCAGUCUCCCCUGUUACUGUAUGGUUUUAGCAAAGAAAUUGUUGAAUGUCCAGGUUACUGGCCUUCAAAUAUCCGAGUUUGCGGUUCUUGGUUUGUUCCGGAUGGCUGGCUGUUUUCAUGCAGCAAGUGUGCAGAAAUUUCAGCUUUGGAUACUUUUGGAAAUAUAAAUACUACAGACAAGACGUGUCUUGCUCAUGCUGAAUUGCUGAACUUUGUAAAGACCCCAUUGCAUCCGCCAGUGUUUAUAGGCCUUAGUUCUGCUGGAAGUAUGGGCUUCUUGAAGAAUCCUCUAGCAUUUCUUCAUGUUCUUGAAACUGUUUUGAAGACAUCAAGUUACAGAUUCAUUCUUUCCUUGUCCGGAUGUGAACUGUUACAAUUUGCUAUCCAGAAUAUUUGUAAUGGAACAGUUACAGUUUCUGAAUCAUUAUCUAUUAUGGAAGAUGGGAUUUCUCUUUUCGAUGGCAGACUCUUUUGUUUUUCCGGUUCUGUGCCAUACAAGUGGCUAUUUCAAAGAUGUGCUGCUGUAGUUCAUCAUGGUGGAAGUGGAUCUAUUGCUGCUGCACUGCAAACUGGGAUCCCUCAGGUGAUAUGUCCAUUUAUGCUGGAUCAGUUUUACUGGGCAGAGAGGAUGUGUUGGCUCGGAGUUGGACCCGAACCUCUGAAAAGAAACCAUCUUAUUCCCGAGGAAGAUAAUGAUCUUUCUGUGGAGAAUGCUGCAAAUGUUCUUCUUAAGGCUAUAAAUAAAGCAUUGUCUCCUCAAACGAAAAAUCGUGCACGGGAGAUUGCCCAACAACUGUCUUAUGAGAAUGGCGUUCUUGAAGCAGUAAGGAUCAUCAAAGAAGAAAUGAGGCUUUAAGAUCACUUUUUGAGAUCAUUAGCUAUAUAAGGUAAGAUCCAUAUUUGGUUAACUAAGUUUCAAUUUUUAUUUAUAUAUAUAUGAUUUGGUAAGUUGAGAUUAGGAGAGCAUUUUGACAUAGAAAAGAUUUGUUUUUGAGGUUUAUUUAUGGUUUCAUAUUUUUGGUCUUCUUGGAAAUUUUUUGUUCUUUUUUUUUCUUUUCCCACUAAAAAUAAAAAUAAAAAAAUUGUUCAAUGGAUUUUGGACCCUAUGUUGAAAAGUUAUCUAGAGUCAUUGAACACCGAAAGUGGGUUGUUGGAUAGACUUCAAUGUCAUUACACCUAUAUUUUAAAAUGUUGUGCCAAUAAAUGAAACUUAUAAAAUA